CGGCGAGGGAGGGCGUGCACCCGGGCGGCGACGGCGAGGAAGGUGGCUUCUCCGUCCCUGGGCCCCGGGGCCAGCCUGUGCCGCCCUCUGGGACGUGUGUCAGCUCCUCGCCAAGUUUGGCUUUGGUUGAAGAAAGAACUUAGCCUAUAUGUACUGCUUUACCUGCUGGAAGCAUGACAGAUGACAAAGAUGUUCUUCGAGAUGUGUGGUUUGGACGAAUCCCAACGUGCUUCACCCUGUAUCAGGAUGAGAUGACUGAAAGGGAAGCAGAACCAUACUAUUUGCUUUUGCCAAGAGUAAGUUAUUUGACCUUGGUAACUGACAAAGUAAAGAAGCACUUUCAGAAGGUCAUGAGACAAGAAGAUAUCAGUGAGAUAUGGUUUGAAUAUGAAGGAACACCGCUAAAAUGGCAUUAUCCAAUUGGAUUGCUGUUUGAUCUUCUUGCAUCAAGCUCGGCUCUUCCUUGGAGCAUCACAGUACAUUUUAAGAGUUUUCCAGAAAAGGACCUUCUGCACUGUCCAUCCAAGGAUGCAAUUGAAGCUCAUUUUAUGUCUUGUAUGAAAGAAGCUGAUGCCCUGAAGCAUAAAAGUCAAGUCAUCAAUGAAAUGCAGAAGAAAGACCACAAGCAGCUCUGGAUGGGGCUGCAGAAUGACAGAUUUGACCAGUUUUGGGCCAUCAAUCGGAAACUCAUGGAAUAUCCUCCAGAAGAAAAUGGAUUUCGUUAUAUCCCUUUUAGAAUAUAUCAGACAACAACUGAACGGCCUUUCAUUCAGAAAUUAUUUCGUCCUGUGGCUUCAGAUGGCCAGCUGCAUACACUAGGAGACCUCCUGAAAGAAGUUUGUCCUUCUGCAAUUGCUCCUGAAGAUGGAGAAAAAAGGAAUCAAGUGGUGAUUCAUGGGAUCGAGCCAAUGUUGGAGACACCUCUGCAGUGGCUGAGUGAGCAUCUGAGCUACCCAGAUAAUUUUCUCCAUAUAAGUAUUGUCCCCCAACCAACAGAUUGAAGGACAGCUCCUGGACUGAGGCAGGAUUUAGCAGAGCAUGUCCCCUUGCUUCAGUCAGGUGUGGUGGAGGCAGCCUGACCAGAGACACUUGCUGCUGCUCACCAGGCAGGGAACAGACGCGUGUGCAAGAAGCCGGCUAGGCUGGCUUACUGUGAGUCACCUCUGCUUUUCCUGUGCUGCCCUCAUCAAACCUCAGCUGCGACCCGAACCAGCAAACAGGACCCUGCAAGCCUUCUGUCUUCUUGUGAAAUACAGUGAAGCCAAAACCUUGGCUCAAAGAGGAAAGUGAAAAUGUGUGCACACAGUUUGUAUUUCUGAUUAACAAUAAACAGGAGAUUUCCUGAGGUGACCAUAGUUGAACCUUAAUCAAGAGAGCAGAAACAUUGGUUGAAUUUUCAAGAGAAUUAGACUUAAAGUAAAAGAGAAAUCCUGUUAUCAAUAACUUACAGUAAUUUUUUGUAAAAGAUCAAAUUACAGUAAACCCAUCUUUCCUUAAUGAAAAUUUCCUAUGUUUACAGUCAGUCUGUUGGUAUGCAAACAAUCUUGUACCUUUGAUAAUGAACAGUGAGAGAUUUUUAAAUAAAGCCUCUAGAUAUGUUUAUCAUUUCAUAUCAUACAAUUUUGUCACUUCUCAAGUACUUUCUGAGUCCUGUGCAGCAAGUCAGUUUUUAUUAUGCUGUGUGUCACCGUUUUCUCAUUAGCAUGGGGUGGCUACAGGGCAUAGAGUAACUUGUCUCAGGAGAUACAGAAUUUAUUGCUGCCAAUUUAAAAAUCUGUGUUUGCUACACACUGAAGGUAUAAAUAAUGUUAACUGUUUGUCUGCUGUUUUGUUGAUCACUGUAAGCCUAUCAAAUCAUAGUAUGCCAGGUACCUGUAUAAGAUAAUUUUGCCUAUUUUAAAGCCUUUUCCUUUCCUACUAGUGUUUUCUCUUGGCUUCAAGACUAAUACUUCACUGUGGUUCCUGGCAGCCAGUCUUUGAAGCCUGAAGAUGACCUGUGUGUCUCUUGACCACAGAUGCUUUUCUUUAACAUUACCAAAAACACCCAGCAGUCACUGGAGCUCAGCCACCGUCAGGGAAGUUCGCCACACUUCACUAGUGCCGCGGCGCCUCCAAGGUGAAUGCGUGUGUGCGUCGCCACGGAGCUCUUGUGAGCUAGCUUGCUGUCCACACUGAAUGUCCACCCAUCAAGUAUGCUAAAAGACUAUCAUAAAAUGAUGGUUUUAGAUUCUAUAAUAAAAAACGAAUGUUUUUCGUAUAAAAAUUACAUGACUAUUCAGAUGAAAUACUA